AGGUAGAGAGACAGAGGAAACGGGGAUAAAAGGCAGCAGCAAGGAAGGUGUGAGUCGUAGUAAGUCGAAACAUAAGAAGACGCGCUUCCUAAACGGGGUUCUUGAGCGACACAGAAAAAAGAUUCCCUUUUUUUUCUUCCGUAACGGCGUUGUUUGGUACAGGGGGAGGCGAUUCAUUAAACCGGGCUUAGCGGGAGAUUUACUUACAGUUACAGAGAUAGUGAUUUGGUUGCCUUACGAUUCAGAUCUCGCCAAACGGAAUCCAAGGCUCCUACAAUUAGAUUCGCAUUUAGAUCAAAUAUAAUCGUGCGUGUGUGCGUGGUGAUUGAGAGAAGCUUAAAUUUGGUUAAGUAAAAAGCUAAGAGCUAAUGACGACAGGAGAGCAUAUGUACGGAGAGCUGUGGAAGCUAUGCGCGGGACCUGUGGUGGAUGUACCUCAAGCUGCGGAAAGAGUCUUUUACUUUCCUCAAGGUCACAUGGAGCAACUGGAAGCGUCAACGCAACAGGACUUGAACGCGGUGAAACCGACGAAACCGCUUUUCGAUCUUCCUCCGAAGAUUCUCUGCAGAGUUAUGGACGUUCGUCUUCAGGCGGAGAAAGAUACGGAUGAGGUAUAUGCUCAGAUUAUGUUGAUGCCUGAAGGAACAGUUGAUGAACCUAUGAGUCCUGAUCCUUCUCCUCCCGAGUCGCAAAGGCCAAAGGUUCACUCUUUCAGCAAGGUUUUGACUGCGUCUGAUACAAGCACUCAUGGUGGCUUCUCUGUCCUUAGGAAACAUGCUACAGAGUGCCUUCCCCCGCUGGAUAUGACUCAGCAAACUCCGACCCAGGAGUUAGUAGCCGAAGAUGUGCACGGCUAUCAGUGGAAAUUCAAACAUAUUUUUAGAGGUCAACCACGGAGGCAUCUUUUGACCACAGGGUGGAGCACCUUUGUUACAGCAAAGAGAUUGGUGGCUGGGGACACCUUUGUGUUCCUGAGAGGGGAGAAUGGAGAGUUGCGGGUUGGAGUCAGACGUGCUAAUCGUCAACAGACCAAUAUGCCUUCAUCCGUCAUAUCAAGUCAUAGCAUGCAUCUGGGAGUGCUUGCUACUGCAUGUCAUGCUACUCAAACCCGAUCUAUGUUCACCGUUUACUAUAAACCAAGAACAAGCCAAUUCAUCAUUAGCUUGAACAAAUAUCUGGAAGCCAUGAGCAACAAGUUCGCUGUAGGAAUAAGAUUUAAGAUGAGGUUUGAGGGAGAGGAUUCCCCUGAAAGAAGAUUUUCUGGCACGGUUGUUGGUGUUAAAGACUGCUCCACUCACUGGAAAGACUCAAAUUGGCGAUGCCUAGAAGUUCACUGGGAUGAGCCUGCAUCGAUUUCAAGACCGGAUAAGGUUUCACCAUGGGAGAUCGAGCCGUUUGUAACUUCGGAAAAUGUUCCUCACUCAGUUAUGCCAAAGAACAAACGGCCGCGUCAUUUUAGUGAAGUAUCUGCACUUGAUGUAGGCAAAACAGCUUCAAACCUUUGGAGUUCUGCACUGACGCAGUCCCAUGAGUUUGCACAAUCGUGCAUCACCUCACAGAGGAGUUCUCCUCAGCAAUGUUAUCGUGAUGCAACUGAAGAUGCUAAGAACUCUGAUUGGCCAAUCAGCCCUUACGCUGCGUCCAAUUUGUCAAAAAGUUCAACACUGAACGACCAAAUGGUUUUCCCAGUCGAGCAGAAGAAACCCGAGACUAGCGCUAGUUAUAGAUUAUUCGGAAUUGAUCUGUUGAGCUCCUCUAUACCUGCUACCGAGGAGAAAACUGCACCGACGCUACCAAUAAACAUAACCAAACCAACUCCAGACAGCAACUCAGACCCAAAAUCAGAGGUCUCAAAAUUAUCAGAGGAGAAAAAGCAGGAACCUGCGCAGGCGUCAUCAAAAGAGGUUCAAAGCAAGGAAAACAGUUCUACAAGAAGCCGUACCAAGGUGCAAAUGCAAGGCGUACCGGUGGGCAGGGCUGUGGAUUUGACAGUACUAAAUGGGUACAGUGAGCUUAUAGACGACCUUGAGAAGCUGUUUGACAUAGAAGGCGAGCUGAAAAGUCGGAAUCAAUGGGAAAUAGUGUUCACAGACGAUGAGGGAGAUAUGAUGCUCGUCGGUGAUGAUCCAUGGCCUGAGUUCUGCAACAUGGUGAAGAGAAUAUUCAUAUGGUCAAAAGAGGAAGUGAAGAAGAUGACGCCCGGGAACCAACUCCGGAAACUUUUAACAGAAGUUGACACAACAUUAACAACAACAAUCUCCAAAACAGAGAAUCAUUCCAACUAAUCUCUGUCUCCUUAGCUGCUUUGUCUUGUUCUGUCAGUGUUUUAUGGGGAGGGAAGAUCAAAAGUGGCUUAAACAUGAGACCGCGUCUUGUCGCAAGAAAAGUAAAGGCUUAAAAAAAUGGCUCGUUUUUUUUUGGGGAGCUUCUUGUGGAGAAAGAGGGCUUAUGAGGAGAGAGUUCUCUUCUAUGGGUAGGCUUCUUCUGUAAGUUCUUAUUCUUUUUUCUUAAUACGAACUUGUGUGUGUAAGAGAUAGGAAGAUGUAACGAACAGAGAAGGAGAAAAUAAGAUUGUGAAUUAUGUAAGAGGGUUAUCAUCCUCAUGGCUCGUGUAAGCCUUCUUUUCCUUUGUAUGCUCAUUAGUUUUUGUUACUUUUCAUGUACAUAUAUGUUGUCAGAACAAAGCUUCAAACACGUUUUCUCCUUUUACUA